AUUUCCCUCCAUAUCUUUUUGUCUAUUUCAAAUUUAUAUACAUCAAAAUGAGUCGCCCGGGAUUGCAUGGAGGCUCCAUCCCCAACGAGGUCGGGGCAGACAGGCGGCUCCUCAGCGCAUCGAAGCCUCCAGACGCCCGCACGCAGAACCUCAUCGACGAGGUCAACAAGCACGGCUUCGUCAUCAUCCGAGACGCCUUUGAUGCCUCCACCGUGGCCGCGGCAAAAGCUGAGGCCUUGAGGCUGACAAAUGACCCCAAGACGGCUGGACCUGCUGGCCAGGCAGGACGCAACAACUUCGAAGGGCACAAGACGCAGCGCAUGUACUCGCUGGUGGACAAGUCGCGGGUAUUCGACGCCUUUGCGCUGCAUGAGGACGUGUUGGCGCUGAAUGACCAUUUCCUGGAUGCGGGAUAUUUGCUGAAUUCGUUUCAGAGCAUUAAUAUCUUGCCUGGGGAGACGGCGCAGACGUUGCAUUAUGACCAUGGGUUUGCGUCGCUGGACAGGCCGCAUAAGCCUCUUGGUUCGGGCGUCAUGAUUGCUCUGGACGACUACACCGCCACCAACGGCGCAACCGUCAUCGUCCCUGACUCUCACAACUGGGACUCAAAGCGCAUCCCCACCAUGGAGGACACCAUCCCCGUCAUCAUGCCGGCGGGCAGCAUCAUCUACUUCCUCAGCACGCUGUGGCACGGCGGCGGCGCGAAUACCAGCGACAAGCCCCGGCUGGCGCUGACGGCGCAGUACUGCCAGCCUUGGAUCCGGCCGAUGGAGAACAUGAUCCUGGCGGUUGACUGGGAGAAGCUGGACGAGAUUCCGGAGAGGCUGGUGGGCAUGCUGGGGUACAAGGUUGGCAGCCCGUUUAUUGGCUUUGUGGAUGGGAGGAGUCCGAGGGCGGCGGUGCAGAAGUUGCUGGCGAAGUGGAAGGGAAAAGCUGAGUCGAAGCUGUGAGAGAUGCUUGUUUUCAGAAUUAGAUUAUAGGUUGUAUGUGCACAAAGAAGACAGAGGGUUAGCUGGAUGCCCAUGUUUGGUGUUGUUAUGCUUUCCUAUAUCGUAUGACAGGUAUGACAGUCUUCAUAUAUACUCAGCUGGUUUGCAGAUAACCAGACUUGCUACCAGUGAUUGACUUUAGAAAGAGUCGGCUCAGUUGAUGCUGUAUGUUGGACGCUGUUGUGCGGGAAAUAUUCAUGACAUCG